GCGGCCCCUUAACGUGCUGUUUACUACAGGCUUGAAAUGUAAGUCAAAAUACACGCUACAGGAAUAACGUUUUUCUGUGACAGCUGGGGGAUUGCGUGCGAACCUUUUGGUGAAACAUCAAGGGGGAAAGCGGUGGAGAAUACCAUUGCCAUGACCGUGGAUUUGAUCACGAUUUUAUGCAUCAUCUCUACGGUUUCUGCAGUUGAAGAGACACUGAUGGACACCAGGACAGCCACAGCAGAGCUGGGAUGGACAGCCUAUCCCACUUCGGGGUGGGAGGAGGUCAGCGGCUAUGACGAGAACCUGAACACCAUCCGGACGUACCAGGUUUGCAACGUCUUCGAGCCCAGCCAGAACAACUGGCUGCUGACCACGUUUGUCGAGCGGCGCGGCGCCAAGCGCAUAUAUGUGGAGAUUCGGUUCACCGUGCGAGACUGCAGCAGCAUCCCCAAUGUGCCGGGCUCCUGCAAGGAGACCUUCAACCUCUACUACUAUGAGACGGACGCCGUCAUCGCCACCAAGGGCUCCGCCUUCUGGAUGGAGGCGCCCUACCUGAAGGUGGACACCAUCGCAGCCGACGAAAGCUUCUCGCAGGUGGACUUCGGCGGACGCCUGAUGAAGGUCAACACAGAGGUGCGCAGUUUUGGGCCGCUCUCCCGCAGCGGCUUCUACCUGGCCUUCCAGGACUACGGCGCCUGCAUGUCGCUGCUCUCCGUCCGCGUCUUCUUCAAGCGCUGCCCCAGCGUGGUGCAGAACUUCGCCGUCUUCCCUGACACCAUGACAGGCGCCGAGAGCACCUCCCUGGUCACCGCCCAUGGCGUCUGUGUCCCCAACUCGGAGGAAGUGGACGUGCCCAUCAAACUGUACUGCAACGGGGACGGCGAGUGGAUGGUUCCCAUCGGCAGCUGCUCCUGCAAAGCUGGCUUUGAGGCGGACAACGGGAACGUGUGUCGAGCCUGCCCCCCCGGGACCUUCAAGUCGAGCCAGGGCCUGGGGCUGUGUCUGCAGUGCCCCCCCAACAGCCGAUCCACCACAGAGGCCGCUGUAUCUUGCGCUUGUCGCAAUGGCUACUAUCGGGGCGACUCUGACCAGCCGGACACAUCCUGUACCAGUGUCCCGUCUGGCCCCCGCAACAUCAUCUCUGUCAUCAAUGAGACGUCGGUGACGCUGGAAUGGCACCCUCCGCGGGAGACAGGCGGCCGCGAGGAUGUGGUCUACAACAUCGUGUGCAGGAAGUGUCGCACGGACCGCCGCUCGUGCUCGCCGUGCGAUGACAGCGUGGAGUUUGUGCCGCGGCAGCUGGGCCUCACGGAGACGCGCGUCUUCAUCAGCAACCUGUGGGCGCACACGCUGUACACCUUCGAGGUUCAGGCCAUCAACGGCGUCACCAGCAAGAGCCCCUACCCACCCCAGCAUGUAGCCAUCGACAUCACUACCAACCAGGCUGCUCCCUCCAUGAUUCGCACGAUGCACCAAGUCACCUCCACCAUGAAGAGCAUAACACUGUCAUGGCCGCAGCCGGAGCAGCCUAAUGGUAUCAUCCUGGACUAUGAGCUGCGCUAUUAUGAAAAGGACCUCAGCGAGUCCAACUCUUCCCUGGUGAAGACCCAAACCAACACUGCGUGCCUGGAUGGGCUGCGACCCGGGUCGGUUUAUGUGGUGCAGGUUCGAGCACGGACAGUGGCCGGCUUUGGCAAGUACAGCGGAAGGCUCUACUUCCAGACCCUGACCUACGACGACUACAGGUCUGAGCUGAGGGAGCAGCUACCCCUGAUUGUGGGCUCAGCCGCUGCCGGUGUGGUUUGCAUUGUGUCCCUGCUGGCCAUCUCCAUUGUCUGCAGCAGGAAGCGGUCGUACACCAAGGAGGCCAUCUACAGCGACAAACUGCAGCACUACAGCACCGGCCGCGGCUCUCCAGGGAUGAAGAUCUACAUUGAUCCAUUCACCUAUGAGGACCCCAAUGAGGCAGUGCGUGAGUUUGCCAAAGAGAUUGACGUGUCUUCUGUGAAGAUCGAAGAGGUCAUUGGUGCUGGAGAGUUUGGGGAGGUUUACAAAGGCCGCCUGAAGCUCCCAGGUAAACGGGAGAUCUGUGUGGCCAUCAAGACCUUGAAGGCGGGCUAUACGGACAAGCAGAGGCGGGACUUCCUGAGCGAGGCCAGCAUUAUGGGCCAGUUCGAGCACCCCAACAUCAUCCGCCUGGAGGGUGUGGUGACAAAAAGCCGGCCGGUCAUGAUCGUCACGGAGUUCAUGGAGAAUGGGGCUCUGGAUUCUUUCCUAAGGCAAAAUGACGGGCAGUUCACAGUGAUCCAGCUGGUGGGCAUGCUGCGUGGCAUUGCCGCUGGCAUGAAGUACCUGUCAGAUACCAGCUACGUGCACCGCGACCUGGCCGCCAGGAACAUCCUGGUCAACAGCAACCUGGUGUGCAAGGUGUCCGACUUUGGGCUGUCGCGCUACCUACAGGACGACACGUCUGACCCCACCUACACCAGCUCUCUGGGAGGGAAGAUCCCAGUGCGCUGGACAGCGCCCGAAGCCAUCGCUUACAGGAAGUUCACGUCGGCCAGCGACGCUUGGAGCUACGGCAUCGUCAUGUGGGAGGUGAUGUCGUACGGCGAGCGGCCCUACUGGGACAUGAGCAACCAGGACGUGAUCAACGCCAUCGAGCAGGACUACCGGCUGCCCCCGCCCAUGGACUGCCCUGCCUCCCUGCAUCAGCUCAUGCUCGACUGCUGGCAGAAGGAGCGCAGCGCCCGGCCGCGAUUCACCGACAUCGUCAACACACUGGACAAGCUGAUCCGCAACCCGGGCAGCCUGAAGGGCCUGGCCACCAUGCCGGCCGUGCCCUCGCAGCCCUUGCUGGAUCGCUCCAUGCCGGAUUUUAGCUCCGUCACUUCAGUGGAGGAUUGGCUGAGCGCCAUCCAGAUGAGUCAAUACAGAGAUAACCUCCUGGCCUGUGGCUUUAACUCCCUGCCACUGGUGGCAGAGAUGACCUCCGAGGACCUCUUGAGGGUGGGAGUGACUCUGGUGGGCCACCAGAAGAAGAUCCUCCACAGCAUCCAGGCCUUGAGGGUGCCGGCAAGCCCAUCCCCGACUGCUACGGCAUGACUAGAGGGGGCGCUGUGCCCUGGGGGGGGCACCCGCAGGAGUCCCCUGGAUACCCCCCACGUCAGACAGUACAGCAGGGUGGAGACUAUUGUCCUCAUCUGAACAUCCCCAUAUCCAUAACUUCCACAGCCGGGGCCUCGGCCCAGAGCCGUAUCAAUGGGCCAGAACCAAGCUCACUAAGUAAAGAGAAUAAUAAGAGACGCUACAGACAGAAAGUCCACAUUCCACUGAUGUAAAGAAGCAUCGCUGAUACCAAGUCUGUGGAGUAACCCUGUUUUUUGGGUCUGUUCCUCUUUCGGAUGGACUGUUCUUCUUUUUCCCCUCAUUUUUGGGACACUGUGUUUAAAAAGAGAAAACCUGCUUUAGAUGUUCUUACGUUUCUCUUCGACAUCCAGCGUGAUGCUGAGUUCUAGUUUCUUCCCAGUGAACCAAUAGCUGAAGCUGAGGAACUUAUAGAAAUAUAUCCAAAAAUAUGUGUGUAUGGCUGUAUAUAUAUUGAUAUCCAUAUAUAUGUCCAUACAUACAUAAAUAUAGAAAGAUAACUAAAGUAAGUCUUCAUAUUGAAGGUGAUUCUGUAAUAAUUAUAUGUGUGUGUGUGUGUGUGUGUGUGUGUGUGUGUGUGUGUGUGAGGGAGUGCGUUCCCAGCUUGGAUUUUUUGCGUUCUUUGUGUUAUGUAUGGAUUAAGACUCCUGUAUUAUAGCCUUCCGCCGUGCUGUGUCACUGGGCGGCACCAGUAUGUUCUGCUCUAUUCUUACUACAAAGAAUACUACAAUUGAGAACGAACAUUACCUUGGACUAUGCUGUACAAAAUUAUUGUGUAUAAGAAUACUACAAAAGGGGAAAAUGAGAGUUCAGGCUUCUUCGACUCCACGUUGUCGCGAUCAUGCUGAGGCUUGCUGGUUAUUACUGGCUGAGGAUUGUGAAAAAGACAUUAUUUCACUUUUGCACAUCUCUCGCUUCCUGCUGGAAGGGGCUCGCCUCAGAAGAUCUCGGCGCCUCGCCUGCAGCUCCGUGUGUCAUGGGAGAUCCAGUAGCAGAACCUGAGAUGGCAAAUGGGAUUUAAGAUGACUGAAGACCAGGAUGCCGGAGGCUUCUAGAACGAUGAGCAAACUUGCUGUACUGUAAAUAUGGAAUGUCAGGACUGGAUGGUAUUUCCAUUGUGACGUCGUAUAAUGAAAGUUUAUUGUGAUGAUUCUGUUUGUAACUGUAAUUUCAAAGGAAUAUUGUACGAAAAACCAUGCACUCAAUAAAUUUGAAUCCACUUGA